AUGCAGUACCCAAGUGGCAUGCAACCUCGAUGGGGAGUGGAGGCUACACCUGAGCUCGAAACUUUCAGGUGGACCAAACUCCUGUUAGACCCAGACUUGGAGUCAACAGAUUUCCGGGACGAGGAAUUGGAGAGGGUAUCAAGACAACAGAUCAUGCGGCUGCCAGCCGGAAAGUCGGCCGUGCGUGUCGUUGCCGACUACCUCAGCGGGAUCCGUAACCACCUGGAGCAGUCGUACAUUUUUAGUCAACCAAACAUCAAAAAGGAGUACUGGUUUUCCAUUCCGGCGGGCUGGUCCAACGAUGCACAAGUGCGGAUGAGUGAGGCUAUCCACUUGGCCGGGUUUGGUCAAAAACCGAAUGAGGAAGUGUGCCUUGUUACUGAAAGCGAGGCGUCCGCGAUAUCCAUCCUAGAGGCGUCUGGGGAACGAAGAAAGGUUCUCCGGAAGCACAUUUUGCGUGUGUGA